CUGCCAACGAACCCAUAAAUAGCCUGCCUAGAACUUCUUUCUUUUUCGCUUUUCUUUCAACUUUGUAUACUCUCGCUCCCUUUCUUUCUAUAUCUCAUAACCCUUAUUUAUUCACUAUAUUGCCACUACCACUACUACAUCCAUGCUCAAUCGUCUUUUCUUCCAAGGUGUGGCUGCAGCAGCAAGCUUGCUAGCUCUGGGCGUAUCUGCCCAAGACCAACAAGCAUGCAACGGCUAUGCUGAAUUCUGUUCCAGACCAUACAGCGACCUGACUUAUGUCCUGACGCACAACUCGUAUGCGUACAUGGCCAACCCUGCUGCUAACCAGCAGUGCGAUAUUAGUGCACAGCUCACCGACGGUGUCCGUGCUUUGAGACUUUCAGCAGUAAAGCCAGACAACUCGUCCGACAUCCACCUGUGCCACACAUCUUGCUCCUUUCUAGACGAUGGCCCGGCCCAGGACACCUUGUCGACCUUGGCUACCUGGCUCAAGGACAAUCCCAACGAAGUACUGACCGUCAUGUGGAAUGUCCCCAACCAGGAUUUCUGGGCUUCCGAUUUCCAGGCACCGUAUGAAGCCAGUGGCAUUCUCGAAUAUGCACACGUCCAAGAACAGCAGAAUUUGACGUGGCCCACCCUUCAGGACUUGAUUACGUCUGGAAAGCGCCUGAUCAACUUUGUCGAUGUCAAUGCAGACCAAAACAGUGUCCCAUGGUUACACUCCCAAUAUGACUACGUGUUCGAGACGCCCUACGAUAACAAGAACGAAUCGUCAUUUACCUGCACCAUUGACCGUCCCGAAAACCCUGUGAAUCCUCAGCAAAUGAUGUACGGCAUGAACCACUUCUUGUAUGGCUCGUUGCCAUGGGGCGACAAUGUCAUUCAGAUUCCUCAGAGCGGUUCAGCAAGCGUUACCAACUCGCAUGAUUCUUUGAUGUUGCAAGCCAACGAGUGUAACCAGGCAUUUGGUGCGCGUCCAAACUUUUUGAUUGUCGACUUCUACAACCGUGGUCAGACGUUGGAGAUUGCUGCAGAGCUCAACAACGUGACUUAUGAUAGCUCAAAGGAACUCGUCUGUGACAAGAGUUCGACCAACACUGGCAGCGAUAAUUCCGACUCGGCUGCCAGUUCGCUCCAAAUAUUCAUUAGCUCACCUUUCAUUGCCACCUUGUUGCUAGUUGGCCUUGUCAUGACCUUCAUUCCGAUCCACUGCGGCGCACGAAUCCACGUGAUGAAGGAUCGCGAUAAGGCUACUACCAUUUGGGCUAUUCGUCCGCCCUCUUCUUCUGGUCGAAGAGCAGACCACCCGUAG